CUUGAGAGAUGAUUUUGUGUUUGGGUCAAAGGGUGUGAAAUUUAUGCCCUACACAACUUACCUUGUGGAAAAAGGACCAUCUCACAGUUUUGUGGCCGAAGCAAAGCCUCCUACAGUUACUAUGCCUCGAAUCAAGAAGCAGGUCCUGUGAAAGCUGGAAGAAAGGCACCCGGGCUCCAGGCCAUCAGAAUUGCUGAUUUCUGCAUUCGUCCUGUCAGAACUGUGGAAGGCACUCGUUCCUGCUUCAUUCUGAUGAGGAAAGUGCUGUUAGGAAUCUGGGCAGUUUGGUAAGAAAAAGUAUCGUGAGCGUGCAUGUCCCAGGUUCUGUUCCGUCCUGCACAUGGGCCAGGGUGUUUCCUAGGGCCUCUCUUUUCCAGUUUGUUACAUUUCACCAAACCAGUGUUCUGUUUAAUUUUGUUUUGUUACGGGUGCUUUGUAGGUUCUUACUCCUCAUUCUCCAUCCGGGAGGAGCUGGAAUACAGGAAGUCCGUGCUGGAGUUAGGGUCACACAGCUCUGGAAUUUGAUAGGAUCGGGUGGUGCUGGCCAAGGAGUGUGUGCCCUGCCCUGCCUCUACUCAGGGAAGGGACUUAGUUCAUCUGGAGGUGUUGAUACAAUUGUCAUGAAAUGUCAGUUUUAAAAUUUCAAGACUAAUGUCUCUGGUAGCACUCUCCCAUGUUAGGAUUCUGCAGUAGCUUCCUUCUAAAAUUUUGUAACUAAUUUUUGAAUGUCUUUCCUUUUGGGGAGAAUUUAUAGUCAUAAUAAGGAGCAGUGACCACUGGCUGCAGUGAGCACAUAGUGCAGCAGUAUCUCAUGCACUUUCACAACAGCCCUGUGGGCUGGGCUCCGUGAGGCAGGCACCACUCUCUUCUCCAUUUCCCUGAUGGGGAAUUCUCACAUUCUCUUUCAGUGGUCUCUGUAGAGCCCUCCUUAAUUCUCAGAAGGCAGGAAACUACUGUCCCCAGGGCCGCAGCGGUCACUGGAAGACCUCCAAGGAGAUGACAGACUUGAGCUCUCACUUAGACUUCCUAGAACUCUCAGCUGCAACUCAGCUGCUGCCUGCAUGUCUCCUGGGGCACAAGGGACACCAGGUAGUCUCUGCCCUUUGAAAAUGUCAGUGUGAACCCAAACCAGUGUGAGGGGCGAAGUGCCUUGUAACAGCCCAGAGGGGAGGACAGGCAGAUUCGAAUACCUGAAAGCAGAAAACCCUCAGUGGUAGAAGGCGCUAAAAACAAAGUCAGCUGACAAAUGAUAAACUGGAAAAAUUACAGUAACACAACAAACAAGAGGUUAACCCUGUGGUAUGUAAAGAGGAUCUGACCAAAGACAGCAACCCAGUGACAGCUGGACAAAGGGUAUAAAGAAGUCCACAGAGAAGAAAUUGAAAAUGGCCAGUAAACAUGAAGAGAUUCUUAACUUCAAUGGUAAUCAGAUCGAAGUCAAACUGAGACAAUAUAUAAGGCCGGUUUUUGUCUAUCACAUCGUACAAAUUUACAGACGGAUGAUAACCUACUCAUCACAAGAAAUGAGGUGGACAGAUGCUCCUCAUACUGUCAAUACGCUGAUGACAGGGAGCCUCCCCGGCUUCAUCGAUGUCGUCAGGAACCUCAAUUCUCCCACACUGCUGGAAGACAGCGUGAUCUCACGGGCAAGAGCAGCUGGGAAAAGAAUCGUCUUUUAUGGGGAUGAAACAUGGGUGAAAUUAUUUCCAAAGCAUUUUGUGGAAUAUGAUGGAACAACCUCAUUUUUCGUAUCAGAUUAUACAGAGGUGGAUGAUAAUGUUACAAGGCAUUUGGAUAAAGUAUUAAAAAGGCGGGACUGGGACAUGUUAAUCCUCCACUACCUCGGGCUGGACCACAUCGGCCACAUUUCUGGGCCCAGCAGCCCACUGAUCGGGCACAAGCUCAGCGAGAUGGACGGCGUCCUGAUGAAGGUCCACACCUCGCUGCUGUCCGAGGAGAGAGAGACUCUGGUACCCAAUCUGCUGGUUCUUUGUGCGGACCACGGCAUGGCUGAAACAGGGGGUCAUGGGGCCUCUUCCCCGGAGGAAGUGAACACCCCUCUGGUCCUAAUCAGCUCUGCAUUUGGAAGGAAACAUGGUGACAUCAGACACCCAAAGCACGUCCAGCAGACUGACUUAGCUGCAACCCUGUCCAUAGGGCUUGGUCUGCCGAUUCCAGAGAACAGUGUGGGCAGUCUCCUGUUCCCAGUUGUAGAAGGAAAACCAAUGAGAGAACAACUGAGAUUUUUGCAUUUAAAUACAGUACAGCUUAGCAAGUUGUUGCAAGAGAAUGUACCAUCUUAUAAGAAAGACCCUGGAUUCGAGCAGUUUAAAGUAUCAGAGAGGCUGCAUGGGAACUGGAUCAGGCUGUACUUGGAGGAGAGCUCCUCAGAAGUCCUUUUCAACCUGGGAAGCAAGCUGCGCAGGCAGUACUUGGAUGCCCUGAGGACCCUGAGCCUGUCCCUGAGCAGACAAAUGGCCCAGUACGACGUCUACUCCAUGGUGGUGGGGACUGUCGUGGUUCUGGAGGUUCUCACCCUGCUCCUGCUCAGCGUCCCACAAGCGCUGAGCAGCAAGGCUGAGCUGGAUGUCCCUCUCUUGUCGCCUGUGUUUUCGCUGCUCUUUUACCUGGUACUCCUGGUUCUCUCGGCCCUGCAUGUCAUCGUGUGCACCUCUGCUGGCAGUCAGUGCUACCUGUGCAGCCUCUCGUGGCCGGCAGCCGGUGGAGUGAUGGUGCUGAUCUCCACGCUGCUCUGUGCAGUCACAUCUGCUCUCGCCAAGACGCUCGCCCGUGGGAAGCUUCUGAGUCAGACUCCAGCUCGUUCCAGCUCAAGGCGGUCGGAGUUAGAUCUUCUUAUCUUGUUGGGGACUGUGGGCCAUGUCCUGAGUCUGGGUGCGAGCAGCUUCAUCGAAGAGGAGCACCAGACCUGGUACUUCCUUGUCAACACCCUGUGCCUGGCCCUGUGUCGCGAAGUCUGCAGAAGCUGCUUUCUGGGAGACGACUGUGGGCCUCAGCACGGCUUACACGCAGAGGAGGAACCUGAAGGUGCCACGCCAGCCCUGCAGGCCAAGAGAGCUGGCUGCAGCGUGCUAGAGCUCGACACGGUGUCCAAGGGCCCCUCUCCUGUGGAGGUGCCCAGCGGCUGUGAGAGGUGGAUGGUGCUGGCAAGCCCGUGGCUGGUACUCACCUGCUGCCGGCUGCUGCGGUCUCUGAACCAGACGGGCGUGCAGUGGGCCCACCGGCCUGACCUGGGGCACUGGCUCACCAGCUCUGAUCAUAAAGCUGAGCUCUCUGUUCUGGCUGCACUUUCCCUCAUCAUGAUUUUUGCGUUGGUUCAGAGGAGGUGCUCCCCUGCAUCAAAAGUGGCCAUGGCGUUUGGCCUGCUGGGCGUCUACUGCUACCGGGCAGCCAUUGGAAAUGUACUGUUCCCAUGGCAACAAGACAACAAAGACAUUUCAAAGGGCAUUACUGAAGCUCGUUUUGUUUAUGUCUUUGUCCUUGGCAUUCUGUUCACGGGCACCAAAGACUUGCUUAAAUCUCAAGUCAUCCCCACGGACUCUGCAGCCAGGACCCUGGGCCUCUGGGAGGUGUACAGCGGCUUGGUGCUUCUGGCAGCACUGCUCUUCCGACCACACAACCUCCCCGUCCUAGUGCUGAGCCUCCUGGUCCAGGCCAUCCUGACCACAUUCGUCUGGAGGCCGCUGAGGCACGACGCAGCUGAGAUCACCGUGAUGCAUUAUUGGUUUGGUCAGGCGUUCUUCUAUUUUCAGGGAAACUCAAACAGCAUCACCACCGUGGACAUCUCGGCAGGCUUUGUGGGCCUGGACACCUACAUGGAGAUCCCAGCCGUGUUCUUGACAGCAUUUGCGACAUACGCGGGUCCCGUGCUGUGGGCCAGCCACUUGGUGAACUUCCUGAGCUCAGAAACCAACAGCAGUUCAGCACUGAGUCAUGCUUGCUUCUGCUACGCAUUGGUUUGUUCUUUUCCAGUUUCCGCAUAUAUCAUUUUGGUGACAUCUCUGCGUUACCAUUUAUUUAUAUGGAGUGUGUUUUCUCCAAAACUUCUCUAUGAGGGAAUGCACCUGCUCGUCACAGCUGCUGUCUGUGUGUUCUUCACAGCCAUGGACCGGACCAACACAAAGUCUUAGACUAAACUACUGAGGCACUGGAAAAAUAAUUUAAUUUUAAAGUCUACUGUUUAUUUCAUGGAUUGGCAUAAUAAAAAAAUCUAUUUAAAUGCAAGAUCAUUCUAAAAAAAAGACGUAAAUUCUACCAUGUUGAUGAAUAGCUUCAAUUUCUAUGACGACUGUACUUGAAUUUAGAUUAAAUAGUAAGUGGUUUAAUAUAAAGUCACUUAGUUUGGAUAUGAAUUAUAUUCCCCUGCUGACAGUCACUCCAGAAACUUCUAAACUUUUAAUUUCCUCGGGGUAGGUUAUGAUAUGACCCAAAUAUAUGUGUUUAAAUAGAAGAAGACAUUUCCAGGUUUGUCAUGGUGCGUGUGAACUUCAGAGAGCCCUGGGGCUCUGUUGGGAGGAGGAUGUCCUUCUGCCAAGGUUCACCUCACAGAGCUCGGGGAGCCUUGUAAUACCCUGGAAGCCACUGGGGUCCCCAGGAGCUUCGGUUUAUGUGAUUACUUCUGUCAGCAUUGAUGGCAUUUAAAAUUAAAACUAAUUCUAUGUAUAUAUAAAAUACAUAUUCAUUUGAAAUAUACAUUCAUUUGAAAAUAAAGAUAUAAACCCAUUGCGUGUUAAUAUAACAUUUUUAAGGGAAAAAAACCCUAUAUUUUCCAAAACAAAAGUAUUUAGCUGGGAGGGUGGCAUUGUUUUACAUUUUUUGCAAAUCUAAUGUCUGGCUUAAUUGAAGACAGUUGGAUUCUGCUUUCAGUCCAUUGUGAUGCGUGGGUGUGGUUAAAGUAGUCACAGAUACGCAGUUGCUUUAAUGUCCUUUUCUGAUCAUUGUGGAUGUUCUUUUUUUUGACACUGCGCUAAAAUUCAACAGGUGAUGGUUUCUUCCAAGUUAGCUGGCAAAGAAAGAAACAAGUGCUUGUGAACAGAUGAGACCUGCCGGGUCCACGCCUGCUACCAGACUGGCACCAGCCUCUCUUGCCAGUUUUGACAAGUGCUGUGGCAAUACUAUCACUAGGGGAAGCUGGGUGCAUGGUAUGUGGAGCUGUAAUAUUUUUGCAACAUCUUGUGAGAUUUAAACUUUUCAAAAUAAAAGUUAUUUUAAAAAAGAAAAGAAUA